AUGAGGACCAGAACUCUUCACGCGUUGCUCACCACUCUCACCUGCUUCUUGGUUGGCUUGGGCCCUGACUACUGUGCCCCGGCCAACUGCACGUCGAGCUGUGACGCCAAAUCAGAAUGCGAUCCUGGCUGGGGAAGCGAAUGGAGUUCGGCUGAGAAGUGUCCUCUAAAUGUUUGCUGUUCUCAGUACGGAUUCUGCGGUACAACCUCGGACUUCUGCGGUACCGAAACCGUGGCCGCCCCAUCCUGCAGCGGUUCAUCUUCAAAUGGGAGGACCAUUGGAUACUAUGAAGGAUGGUCUAUUACUCGAGCUUGCGAUGGAAUGCCCCCUGAGGCUAUUCCAGCGGGAGCAUACACCCACCUCAACUACGGUUUUGCCUACAUUGAUCCAGAGUCGUUUGCAGUUGCUCCCAUGAGUGAGUCAGAUCUUGGGUUGUACUCUCGGUUCACCAACUUGAAGGAAUCAAAUCCGGGUCUCAAGACCUGGAUCAGUAUAGGUGGCUGGUCCAUGAAUGAUCCCGGGCAACCAACAGCGUCAACUUUCUCAGACCUUGCGGGUUCGGCCAGCGCACAAGAAGCCUUCUUUAAAUCGUUACUGUCUUUUAUGACCACCUAUGCCUUCGAUGGGGUCGAUAUUGACUGGGAAUACCCGGUCGCCCCUGAACGGUCCGGGAAGCCUGCAGACUUCGCAAACUAUCCUACUUUCUUGUCAAAUCUCAAGGCGGCGCUCGGCUCUACCGGUCACAGCUACGGGCUCUCAAUUACCCUUCCAUCAAGCUAUUGGUACAUGCAAAACUUCGACAUCGUCAAGAUCGAACCAAUUGUCGACUGGUUUAAUGUAAUGACGUAUGAUCUUCAUGGUACUUGGGACUCAACAGAUCCUUAUAUUGGCCCUUACGUCUAUGCGCAUACCAAUCUCACAGAAAUCGACCAGACAAUGGACCUUUUCUGGAGAAACAAAAUCGAUCCAUCCAAGAUUACUCUGGGCCUCGGCUUCUAUGGCCGUAGUUUUACCCUUGCUGAUCCGAGUUGCACGAGUCCUGGCUGUCCAUUCAGCUCCGGCGGCAAUCCAGGCCCUUGUUCAGCCACUUCUGGCACUCUCAUGUCUUCGGAAAUUGAUGCCAUUAUUGCUGCCGGAGCAGUCCCAACCCUGGAUGAGGUCGCUGCCGUGAAACAAAUAGUCUGGGAUGACAACCAAUGGGUCUCAUAUGAUGACACGGAGACUAUUGGAAUGAAGAUCGAUUAUGCAAAUGCCCACUGUCUAGGUGGUACAAUGGUAUGGGCUGUAUCAACUGAUAGUGAGAACGCUAAUGCGUCUAUGGCCCUCCAAUCACAUAAUGGACUUUCCAAGAAGAGUUUGUUCGGUGGUGGGAGCACGCCUCAAGAACCGACUCUCAGCCAGUGCGUCUGGGGAGGCUGUGAUGAAGAAUGUCCAGCAGGUACUUCCCCUGCCCAGACCGGGACUGGAAAGUCUGCUUCAAAUGCCGCAAUCUACAGUGGAUGUCCUUCUGGCAAAUCUCGGAAGUACUGCUGUCCAUCCAACGAUGUCCCUGUCUGCAAAUGGGUCGGUUCGGCUCCAUUCUGUAGUAAAUCAACUUGCCCAGAAGGCCAAGUGCAAAUAGCCACAGAUCAGAGUGGUGGUGGACACUCCUGUUGGUUCAAUCACAAAUCCUUGUGCUGUACCGCGAGUAAAUCAGACGCGGCAGCCAGCCAAUGUGAAUGGACUGGCAGUGCACCUUUCUGUGCGUCGGGCACAAAUCAUGCAAAUUGUCCCUCCAACUACCCCGACUUUGUCACUUAUAGCCCUUAUGGAGCUGGGGGCGAAUCUCAGUGCUUUAGCGGAUACAAAAGUCUUUGCUGCACAGAUCCAGAACCUUAUCAAAACUGUGCCUGGACACAGAGACCACAUUCCUGGUUGGCUCCCUUCACGUGCAAUACCGGUUGCCCAGCUGGCCAGCAAAUUGUUGCUGAAAGCCACUUAGACCAUGGCAGCGACGCACCAUGUCUUCAUAAUACGGCUAGCUACUUUUGCUGCGAUGAGUUCAAUCAGACCGCACCUACCACCGACCCUCCCAAUUUCUGCGUGGCUGCCUCUACUGAUUAUGUCCUCUCUGGCCAACCAGAUCCAGACGGAAACGUUGCAGAUCUUCUUGAACUAUACUGGUACGAAGAUGAGUGCUACCCUAUCCCAAAUACAGGUGAUCCAGACUCCAUGAAACGUUGGCUUCCAGAGCUGGAGUACGGUUAUGAGGGUAAACGACCAACCGCGAUGCCGCCUGGGAGUCGGAACGAUGGUGUUCCCAAGAUCUGCAAUGCGGAUAAUGAAUGUUACAAUGUCCUUAGUCCAGAAAAAGAUCUUAGUUUCCAGCAACUGUUGUCUUCGGCCCUCAACCACUCACAUGCUAUUCUCGAACCUCGCGGACGCGUUGCCAAAAUUUGCCUUCCCAAAGGUAAAUCCAACAGCUUCAAGGCCAAGAACUACCCAGGUGUGCAACCAUUAUCGACAAGGGGCAGGCAAUUCUAUGGCGCAAUGAAAUCCGGGGUCCAAGCGGGACUCUGUGCAGCCCUUCCUUUGAUUUCAGGAUCCCGUGUUCUCGGUGAGAAUUACGUUACAGAGCACGUGAUGGAACUUCAGACCCCAGCGCAAUUUGCGAAUAGUAUGCUUUCGGGACUUCUUCCCAGUGGAGCAACCGCACCGGGCAGCGGGUAUGACUGGACCCAAGUGUUCGGUCCUAAUGGCUACAUGUUUCAGACUUGGGCCCAAUUAGGAAUUUCGCCGCCUUCGGGUUUUACUGGAGAUACCCCUGCUGAUGCCCUCUACAACGCUCUUGGAUCUACGGCUGAUAUCAACAAUCUUCAAAUCUUGGAUGCCGCUACAAAUAGUUUAAAGGCAGGGGUUUGGCAACUAUUCAAAAAUAUUGUCUCUCCCACACGCUUUAGCAAGGAAGGCCCAAAAGGACAAGUAGAGUUCAUUAAUCGACUCUACCAAACACUCCCAUCAUAUCUAAACGACCAGGCAGUUCAAAAGUCUCUCACAUAUGGUUACAACGCAAUAAAGAACGUGAUGGCAGCUCUCGACUCCUCUCCCAAUGUCAAGGCUAUCCCAGGAACAACUUUCGCCGCAUGUUUCAAAACCUUCUCCCAGGAUUUCUUCAGCACGAUGCAAUCAAACCUGCGAACUUUCAUCUCGGAUAAAUUGGACCAGGUUAUCCCGUACUGGGCGUCGAGUGCGGCGGAAAAGCUCUUCACAAAAGCUGGUGCGCAGGCGGUUCUCGCAGCCUUGCAGAAAAAGGAGAAUAAUUUGGUGGCAGAUGUCGUUAUUAACUCGGGAUUUGUACAGUGA